AUGUCGACAGCUUCGGGAUUCAAGAAUGUUGCGUACUUCGUGAACUGGGGAAUUUAUGGACGUAACUACAACCCCCAGGAUCUACCAGCCGAUGAGCUCACCCACAUACUCUAUGCUUUUGCAAAUGUCCGGCCAGACUCUGGUGAGGUGUACUUGACGGAUACAUGGUCAGACACAGACAAGCACUACGAGCGCGACUCGUGGAAUGAUGUCGGAACCAAUGUCUAUGGCUGUGCCAAACAGCUUUUCCUCCAAAAGAAGAAGCACCGCCAAAUGAAAGUUCUGCUCUCGAUUGGAGGAUGGACUUACUCGUCCAACUUUGCCCAACCUGCAUCAACGCCCCAAGGCCGAGCGAGAUUCGCCAACAGUGCAGUGGAUAUCAUGAUGAAUCUUGGCUUUGAUGGUCUCGAUAUAGACUGGGAAUACCCAAAAGACAACACCGAAGCCAGGAACCUUGUUCUCCUCCUCGCCGAAACCCGCAAAGCACUAAACGCCUACGCCGCCGAACACACCCCCGGCGUGCACUACCUCCUAACCGUCGCCUCACCCGCCGGACCCCAGAACUACAACAAGCUCUGCCUCGCCGAAAUGGACGUUUACCUCGACUUCUGGAACCUCAUGGCGUACGACUACGCCGGCUCCUGGGACUCUAAGGCCGGCCACCAGGCCAACUGGAACCCCGACUCGCGCAACGCGUCUUGCACGCCGUUCAGCACCGCGCAGGCGCUGCGCGACUAUGUCGCCGCGGGCGUCCCGCCGCACAAGAUCGUCGUCGGCGUGCCGCUGUACGGGCGCAGUUUUGCAAACACCGAGGGGCCCGGGUGUGCGUACCAGGGCCAGGGGCAGGGGAGCUGGGAGGCGGGGAUCUAUGACUACAAGGCGCUGCCGGCGGACGGGCCGGGUGUCACUAAUGACAUGCAGGUGGGUGCGAGCUGGAGCUAUGACCGCGGCAGUCGGUUGAUGGUGAGCUAUGACACGCCGGCGAUGGUGCGGAUGAAGGCCGGACUGGUGCGGGAGAGGGGGCUAGGCGGUGCGAUGUACUGGGAGAGUAGCGGGGAUAGGAAGGGCGAAGAGAGUUUGAUUUCCACGUUUGUGAAGGGCAUUGGUGGUGUCGGAGCGCUGGAUCAAAGCCAGAAUGUUCUGCAUUAUCCGGCGAGCAAGUACGAUAACCUGCGCGCUGGGUUCCCGGGUGAAUGA